GGUCCUUGUCGUGAAUUGGCGUUCCCAAGUUUUCUUUUCUUUGCCGACAAGCGCCUGAUGAACCACACCAUAAAAACUUUAAAAGUUCGCGAUCUGGAUGAGUGUGAGUUGAGGUGUUACUACGAGCACAAUUGUGUCAGCCUUAAUUUUGAAAACAAAAUGGUUGGAAAUGGAAAAUACAGCUGUGAAUUGAACAAUUCUACACACGGAGAACACGACAAAGACUUUGUGGAGGCACCAAAUUUCCUUUACCGAGGAACAAACGUAAGAUCAUUAAAUUUUAAUGUUAUCCAGUCUCCGAGUCUAUUACUACCAUAACCCAACGCCUCGUCCAAAGGAAAAUGGCUGGAUCUCAGGCUUUGGGCUGGGCUGUGUUGCAAUAUUCAAAAAUUGAGUAGAUAGUUUCUGUUUGUGAUAACUGCAAGAGAUGAUGCGAAUAUUAUGGAAUUUGACGCGCUGAGGGCAAAUGACAUCACUUAUGAUGGACGCCAUAUUGGCCUUCAUAUUAGAUGUCACUGAAAAUUCAGAUUUAUCGCAAUGGAGUAAGCGCUAACCAUCUUUAUUCUGAACCCUCCCUAAAUCGAACAUCUACACUAGGUCAGCCAGCCAUUUUCACUUACUCUCUAAAAAGCGAGUUUUUCUCCUAGACGGUUUUGUUUCAACUGUAGUCGUUUUAGAGAAAGUUGACUUUAUAAUUAUUUUAAGAUCGAGAAUUUUUAAUUACCUUUUAAACUGGAAGCGCCACCCAAAAGAAAGCGUCAUUUGCUGCGUAAGUAACAUGAACAAUUCAAUUUAACUUGUUUAACACCUCAAAACAACGCUCACUGUAUGUAAGACGGACUAAUCCUUAAAAACGACGCUUAGAGGUUGUCUCUGCCAAAAUUUUUAUCAUUUUCGUUGAAUCAUGAUGAGGAGGAAACCUCUCGCAAGGAUGUAGAAAGGCUCAGAAACAUAAAGCAAUUCUCUUUUCCAUAAUCUUUUCCCCAGAAUCCUUGUGGUAGUUCUCCAUGCCAAAAUAACGGAACUUGUCAAUCAGGAUUUACCAAGAAAGGAUAUCACUGCUUGUGUUGUGGAUGGACAGGUGCAAGAUGCCAAGAUGGUAGGUCUGAAAAAUGGGCUAAGUGAACGCCGUAGUCAUGAAACCACGCAGGCUGUACCGCGUUUAAUUAAAAGGGGAAAACUGCAAGUGAGAACAUUAAUUUGAAAAAAAGUAUAUCCGCUGUAAUAUUAGCCCUAUCAUUAUCGAAAAAACCAUCACAAGUGCAUCAAGCGGAGGACCUUCCAGACGGAAAAAUGAAACUGCUUUCCGGCUCCCGCAUUUUCGGAAGCUCACGCAUAGAUGAAAGAAUAUUCCCUUUACUUUAGAGUGGAUUUGCAACACGUUGCCCUUUACUCUCACCUCCGUUUGGCCUACAAUUCUUGAUCUCAGUUGUUAUUUUGCGCUAAUUAGUGAGUUACAUUUAUCAGGGUUUUUAAGUCAAAUUUUCGGUGGACUGGCAAGUUCUCGUCUAAAUGAAGACAUUGUGAUUCUGACAGCUAAGUUACUCUUAUAUAACUUAAGCUGCCAGUUCCACUGUCCAGAUAUCGUGCAGAUAUUUCCGGCGAUUGCUUUCCAAAGUAACUGAAUGAUUCUUGUAAUAAUCACCUAGAUAUUGACGAAUGUGAUGAAAAAAGUCACAAGUGUAGCAGGAACGCAAAUUGUACAAACACAAAGGGAUCUUACAGAUGCAAAUGCAAGACUGGUUUCCAUGGAGAUGGAUAUAAAUGCACAGGUAUCCCAGUAUUUUUGUUCUGUCGUUAGCUGACUUCAAGUAGAUUAGCAUUUCACUGAAGACAUGGGAAUGCGUCUAUCUCUCCCUUUUUUUUUGUUUGAUUUAUGAAUAAAAUUCUGGUUCAAAGCCCUGGCCUGACAGUCAAAUCUCUCUCAAGGAGCAUCUCCCUAAAGCGCACACCUAUAGGCGAAUCUUUGCUGACAUCAUUGUUUACAUUUUUCCUUAUUACCAUACGACUUAACUCAUUGAAGCCGUGGGCAUUCUGGCCCUUUUUUUAAACAAACUUUCUCUCGCGGUUGUUCAAAUGUAGAAACUUUUCAAAUAAAAGUUAAAUACAUACCGAUUUCAGCUAGCGUGAUUUGCAUGGUGUAAAGCCCUUGACAAUGAUUUUUGGCGCUUCAAAAUUAAUGUUUACUUAUUGCUAUUUAUUAUAACCCGAAUUUCACGGUAGUUUGUCUUUAGUUAAAAUGGAAAAGAGAGAGGGGAUAUUGGACUUAAAAAGGGAGAGGUGAUCUUCCUUGAUAAAGGAUAAUGGUUCUGGAGAUGCGUGGGGUUGAAAGGAUUCACGGUGUUAAAAAAAAUUAUUGUAGAUAUAAACGAAUGUCAAGAAAAGAGAUGUGGAACGAAAGCAACUUGUAACAAUACAGAAGGAUCUUUCAGAUGCACCUGCAAUUUUGGUUACUAUGGAGACGGAUACAAAUGCACAGGUAUCCCAGUGUCUUAUUCCGUUUUCUCCACAGGGGCCUUAUAAAGUCUCACAUUCCUCAGAUCAAGCGAUUGAGAAAGAGGCGUAAAGCCUUGAUUACUACAAUUUUUUCCCACAAACUUUGAUAAGCCUCCUUACCAGGUUUUCCCUAUAACACAAUUAAAUAAUGCUGAAUUGUUAAGGCCGGCUUUAAGAAAAAAUUACAUUACCUUGUCACAAUCAUUCUUCACUCAUCAAGAAAAUAUACGUUCGUGGAGUCUAUGUGAGCUUGAAAUGCGGGUAAAAAUACCAAAUAAUUAAAAGUGAGUUAAAGAAGCAACAAGUGAGACACAAAAAGAAUUUUAUUUAAUUCUUCCGCGAAACAAAUUAGCCUCUUAAAUACCAUCGUAUUGUUUGAAGGAGCCUAAUAGUCACUCAGGUAUAUUGCAUUCAGAGGGAAACUGACGUUUACUUUGAAUUUUCCGACAUUGAUCGUAGGUAUUAAAAGGUUAAACAAGAUUGUAUAUACAAAAUUAUCAUGCCUAAAUAAUUUUUUAUCGUUCGUACAAAAAUUUAAAAAUUUGAUAAUUUUCCAGUGAAGUUAACACCGGUUCGAGGUCUCUUAUAGCAUCAUGGAUACACAAAUUUAUGCGAAAACUUCAUUAUUACCCUCACGGCAAUCUCACGGUGUGCUACAGCCAUUUUUUAAAAUAACGUGCCGUAUAUAUUGUUCACCUAGAAUGUUACACUAUAUUUGACUUCGAAGACCACGAUUUGUCAAACUGGACUUUGAAUGGUACAGCAUUCAAUAAUCAGCCAACAUACGGGAAUAACACGUUAUCAAGGAAGGACAGGUCUUGGAGCAAGCACAAAGGGGAUUGGUGGAUUGGUACCUACGAGAAUCGGUCCAGUCCCUCUGAACCGUUUGGGGGAAAGCAAACUGACGCUCCUCAAGGCUCAUUGACGUCACCCAGUUUUCAGAUUACUGGAAAGUUGCUUACCUUCCUGAUUGGAUCAGGCUGCGACAAGAGUUUUCCAGACCUUCGUGCCGAGCUUAUUAUUGGUGGGGAAGUGGUUCGCAAAAAGACGGCAAAGGCGUGUGAUGAAGCUAUGAAAGAGCAAAGCUGGAAUGUAACAGAUUACGCUGGUAAAAAUGCCCAGUUGCGUUUGGUUGACAAUUCCUCAGGGGACUGGGGUCACAUCAAUUUUGAUCACUUACAAGCUUGCCAUAAACUUAUUUCAGACCCGGAUUCUUGA